GCCGGAAACAGAUUAAAACUGCACAAACGCAGCGAGGAGUGAAGACCCACCUGAGGCAGCAGCAUGCCGAUCUCCUCCACCUCUUUGACCGUAAACAGCGCGUAGCCCGCCGCAUGCUCGAACAACACGUGCAGCAGCACCUGUGGAAGGAGCAUGGAGGAGAGUGCUUGAAGGAGCCUGUUGAGGAGCGGAUGUGAGGGAGGACAGUAAAAAGCUUCGGGGAUCAGCAGAGGGCUCGAUAUAAAGGCUGACGGGGACAAACUGACGCUCAGACCUUUGGAGCUCUGCUCAUCUUAAAGCACACUUCCUUAAACAACUGACCAAAGCUGACACAGCACGAUGAGCAUGCGCGGAGCAGUGGCUGGUUGCUUGGUGCUGGCGUGCCUGGUGGCGCUGCUGGCGGAGAGGACAGAGGGACACAUCACCUUCUUCAGUCCAAAGGAGAUGAUGCUGAUGAAGGAGAGAGAAGGAAGAAAGGAUAUGGAGCCUCGGUCGGAGGACCUUCAGUUUGAAGAGGUUACAGUCCAAGAGCUUCCUCGGGUGGAGCAUGGUGGAAAUCCUGAUAAAACGGUGGAGAUUGCUGUCCGCCUUUCACCCAAACAGCUAGAUCACGUGGUUCCGGUGCUUGAAGAGAUCAUCCAUGAAAUAGUGGAGGAACGUCAGAAAGCUAAAUAGCAUCCCAGAAGAAACCAGGGGAUGAACGCUGUACAAAUUCUUCAAAAAGCGCUGAAUGCUGAAAUGUUUUAUUGUGUUUUAAUGAAUCAGUCAAUAAAGGGAAGUGAUUGUGUCAUU